CUGUCAAUGCCUGCCCACUUCUUAUAAAGCCUUACAGUUACUGGAAUAAAAACAAAAUGAAAGUAAAAUUUUCCAAGCCAUGUGGGAUUUUUUUUGUUGUUAUUUUGUGGGGAGGGGCAGCAGUUGGACACUAUAAAAACAAACACAGAAGCUUUCUGCAGCUGCAGAUGAAAAGGAGACUCAAGAGGAAACCAAAAUAACAGACAAACAGGCCGCUAUCACAGGAAAAAAAAAAACAGGACAUUGUCCAGGUGAAAAAAGCCAGAAGAAGACAAAUAGAAUUUGCCAGUCAGCGGUUAACAAGUCAGAAAAUAUCAAGAGAAAGCACAACAAGCAAAAUGUUGAAAUUGUUUGGAAAAACCUUUGGAAAAGACCACAGCGAUGGAAAGGGCUCAAGUGUUGCACAUAAUAUAAAGAAAAACUGGAGCAGUAAAAUGGAACGGAAAGCUGAUGGAAGCGGUGAAAACCUGCCCAUGUUUAAACUCAAACUGUCUGAAACAUGGAAGAACAGUGACGGAUUCUGCAGAAGAAGCACAUUUGGGACAGAAAACAUCAAGAAACAGAACAAGACCAUCAUGAUGAUCGGAGCCACAGGUUCAGGAAAAACCACUCUAAUUAACAGCAUGAUCAACUACAUUCUGGGAGUGGAAUGGAAAGAUAACUUCCGGUUUGUGCUGAUAGAUGAAGGGAAGGAGAAAUCCCAGGCUGAAAGUCAAACUUCAGAGAUCACGGCAUAUCAAAUCAAUCACAUGGAUGGUUUCCGGGUCCCUUAUUCUCUGACCAUAGUGGACACACCAGGCUUCGGUGAUACCAGAGGAAUCUCACAUGACCAGAAGAUCACAAAGCAGAUUCAGGAGUUCUUCUCUAAUCCAGGAGGGAUCGACCACAUUGAUGCCGUGUCUUUUGUAGUCCAGGCUUCACUUGCCCGUCUGACGCACACACAGAAAUACAUCUUUGACUCCAUUCUUUCCAUAUUUGGGAAGGAUAUUGCUGAAAACAUCCUUGUGCUGGUCACCUUUGCAGAUGGGCAAACACCUCCUGUUCUCGAGGCCAUCAAAGUCUCUGAAGUGUCCUGUGCUAAAAAUAAGUCUGGAGAGCCUCUUCACUUCAAGUUCAACAACUCUGCUGUGUUUGUUACCAAUAAAUCUGCAGAGGAUGAGACGUCUGUCUUUAACCAAAUGUUCUGGAUGAUGGGAGUUUCUAGCAUGGAAAAAUUCUUCACAUCCCUGAGAAAGAUGGACACCAAGAGCUUGUCUCUGACACAGGAGGUCCUAAAAGAGCGACAACAGCUGGAAGUGCUUGUGGAAGGUCUCCAGCCCCAAAUCAAUGCUGGUUUGAUGAAACUGGAUGAAAUCAAGAAGACAAGAGCUGCUCUGGAGCAGCACAAGGCUGAGAUGGAUGCAAACAAGGAUUUUGAAUAUGAAGUAGAAGUAACUGUCCCAAAACAGAUCGAAAACAAAUCUCGUUACUACCUAUCCAACUGCCAGAAGUGUCACUUCACAUGUCAUAAAACAUGCACAAUUUCAGAUGACAAAGAAAGAUAUAGGUGCUGGGCCAUGACAGAUAGAAAAUGUACGGUCUGUCCUGGAAAGUGUGCUUGGAAUACGCACUUCAAUCAGAAAUACAGAUGGGAAUAUUUCCCAGAAAAGAGAAAGGGAACCUAUCAGGAAUUAAAAAAGCGAUAUAAGAAUGCACAUGGACAGGUCAUGUCAAAAGAAAAGAUCUUUGAAGAACUUGAAAAGGAGCUUGAGAAAAACCAGGAUACUGUGGCCGGACUAAUUGAAAGAUCUCAAAAGUCUUUGGAGCGACUGGAGGAAAUCGCCCUCAAGCCCAAUCCUCUGUCCACCCCUGACUACAUCGAUCUGAUGAUUGAGUCUGAGAAACAAGAAGCCAAGCCUGGAUUUCAAGAUCGCAUUCAGUCUUUGAUGGACGUCAGGAAGAAGGCAGAGAUCAUCAGUAAGGUUUCCACAGGAGAAGUGCUUCCAGAGGAUUGGAAAACAUACAAGCCUGGAUUUAAAGAUUGCAUUCAGUCUUUGAUGGAGGUCAGGGAGAAGGCAGAGAUCAUCAGUCAGGUUUCCACAGGAGAAGUGCUUCCAGAGGAUUGGAAAACAUACAAAUCUGCAACAAAAAUAGAAUCCACUGAGACAACGGUCCUGAUUAUGGUGGAAAAAAAAGUAAGCACUACAUUUGAGUAAAACUUUGACCUUUUAUCUGCAGUUACCAGAGCUAUAAACAAAUACAUCUGGUUUUGUGCUAAGAUGCCCUGCAUGCAUUAAAAAUACUUCAGCUUAAAAAUACUUUUCAUCUACAUUCUUCGUAUGAUCUAUAAUACAUACCUGCAUGAUUCUGCCUAACAGCUUGUUACAUGAAAAAAAAAACGUGAAAAUCAUCUAAAACUGGUUUAUAGUAUAUUGAAUGAACUGAAUAUGUAAUGUAUCACAAAUUAUCCGUUUUUAUCAUAAUAUUGCUUUGGGAUGAUGUAAUUUUAAUUUCAUUUAUACUAGUCAUUCAUUUUGCAUGAAUAAAAAAAAGCAAGCGAUUUAACAAGCAUUGUGUGUUGCCAAUAAAUACAUUUAAAAUGUAAAAUAUUACUUUUGGUGUUUCUUUUCUGUUAAACAGUCAGGACAUUUCUCAUACCUUAACUUAGCUCUGAAAUUAUAUAUCAUUACAAAAAUACAGUCCUUCAUUUUCUCAGAUUUGCUCUUUACUCUCAGAAUUAAACUCUCUGAAUGUUUAAGAUUUGGCCCAGAGAGAAAUUGUUUUGUAUUCUGUGGAC